AUUGCUUCCCCUGAGAUCAAGCAACACAAGAUGGUUUUGGAAAUGCUGAACCCAAUGCAUUAUUAUAACAUCACCAGCAUGGUGUCCGGAGGCGUGCCUGUUGCCGCUAUGGCAAUCCUGCUGCUCGCUGCCUUUCUCCUCUUGGUUUGGAAUCAUGAGGACACAUCCUCAAUACCAGGUCCUGGCUAUUGUCUGGGAAUUGGGCCCCUCAUUUCCCACUGCAGGUUCCUGUGGAUGGGGAUCGGCAGUGCCUCCAACUACUACAACAAGAUGUACGGAGAAUUCAUGAGAGUCUGGAUAUGUGGAGAGGAAACACUCAUUAUCAGCAAGUAAGUCUGUUACUAAUCAGGG